GUUCAUCGUUCUCAUACCUUGGGUUCGACUCGACACCGUCGGCGCUUAGCCUCAGAGGAAUCCGGGGGCGUUUGGAGCUACACCUGCAAAUAUGGCGAGGGGAUUGAAGAAACACUUGAAGAGGCUUAAUGCCCCCAAGCACUGGAUGCUCGACAAGCUUGGCGGUGCUUUUGCCCCCAAGCCGUCUUCUGGACCUCACAAGUCGAGGGAGUGCCUUCCUCUCAUCCUUAUCAUCCGAAACAGGUUGAAGUAUGCUCUUACAUACCGUGAAGUGAUUGCCAUCUUGAUGCAAAGGCAUGUCCUUGUUGAUGGAAAAGUUAGGACGGACAAGACAUACCCAGCUGGUUUCAUGGAUGUCGUGUCUAUCCCGAAGACAAAUGAGAAUUUCCGUCUUUUGUAUGACACCAAGGGACGUUUCCGUCUCCACUCCAUCAGGGAUGAGGAAGCAAAGUUCAAGCUCUGCAAGGUCAGGUCAGUCCAGUUUGGUCAGAAGGGCAUUCCUUACCUGAACACCUAUGACGGUCGCACCAUCCGAUACCCAGACCCGCUCAUCAAGGCUAACGACACCAUCAAGCUGGACCUGGAGAGCAAUAAGAUUGUAGACUUCAUCAAGUUUGAUGUGGGGAAUGUGGUGAUGGUGACUGGAGGGAGAAACAGAGGUAGGGUGGGUGUGAUAAAGAACAGGGAGAAGCAUAAGGGAAGCUUUGACACCAUUCACAUUCAGGAUGCUACAGGGCAUGAGUUUGCGACAAGGAUGGGGAAUGUGUUCACCAUUGGCAAAGGAACAAAGCCAUGGGUGUCUCUUCCAAAGGGUAAAGGAAUUAAGCUGAGCAUCAUUGAGGAAGCCAGGAAGAGGCUUGCAUCCCAGCAAGCUGCUUGAGCACUACUCUCCUUUUCUUAUUCCCAUGUCUGGACAAGUGAUGCUUUUACGUUUUCUUAUUCCUAGAAGGAUUCGGUUUACUCUUUUUUUUUUUUUUGGGAUUCUGAGCUCGGUUUUGGACUUGUUAUGUGUCUUACUUAUCAUCGAGUUAUGGAUAUUAUCUGGGCUUUCCGUAAGUUGCUUAGAUUCCGA